UUGAAGUCUUUUGGAUGAGGCGUUAAAACAAGAUCCCCCAUCUGCUCUUUCAGAUCAAUGUAAAACCCUAACCCACAGCCAGUAUUUUGAAGGAGAGCAGUGGGACAAUGUUACUGCGGUGUGGACAGGUGGUCUUUGUGAUGGGCUGGAGAAGGAAUCUGAGGAUGUUUGCAGCUGAAGGCUGUGGCCAGGGAGUGCAAUGGAACCAGUGGCAACGAAAUGAAGUGUGUGGUGGGGAGUGAAGACAAUAGCUUGUCUUCCCAAGGGAUGGUCGUCAGGAGCGAGUCAUGUUUGACAAGAUAACUUCCCGGAUACAGAAACUGUGCUAUGGCCUGAACCCUGACUUCGUGGAUCCAGCGCAAAUUACAAUGAAGGUGAUUCAGGGCCUGUACAGUGGUGUUACCACCGUUGAACUAGAUACGCUAGCAGCAGAAACAGCUGCUACCAUGACCACCAAACACCCUGACUAUGCCAUUCUGGCUGCAAGGAUUGCAGUCUCCAACCUCCACAAAGAAACCAAGAAGGUGUUCUGUGAGGUCAUGGAAGAUUUAUUUAACUAUGUGAACCCUCUAACUAAUUCUCACUCACCCAUGAUUUCCAAGGAAACCCUUGACAUUGUACUGGAAAACAAGGAUCGCCUGAAUUCUGCCAUUAUCUAUGACCGGGACUUCUCUUACAAUUACUUUGGAUUCAAGACACUGGAACGCUCCUAUCUGCUAAAGGUCAAUGGGAAAGUGGCAGAGCGUCCUCAGCACAUGCUUAUGAGGGUUGCUGUUGGAAUCCAUAAGCAUGACAUUGAUGCUGCCAUUGAAACAUACAACCUAUUGUCGGAGAGAUGGUUCACUCAUGCUUCUCCCACCCUCUUCAACGCUGGUACCAACAGGCCUCAACUCUCCAGCUGUUUUCUGCUGGCCAUGAAAGACGACAGCAUUGAAGGGAUUUAUGAUACAUUGAAGCAGUGCGCUCUGAUUUCCAAAUCUGCUGGCGGGAUUGGUGUUGCUGUGAGCUGUAUCCGAGCGACGGGAAGCUACAUUGCAGGCACUAAUGGAAACAGUAAUGGUCUUGUCCCAAUGUUGCGGGUUUACAAUAACACAGCACGUUACGUGGACCAAGGUGGAAACAAGAGACCAGGGGCCUUUGCCAUUUACCUGGAACCCUGGCACAUGGAUAUCUUUGACUUCUUGGAGCUAAAGAAGAACACUGGAAAGGAGGAGCAGCGAGCUCGUGAUCUCUUCUAUGCACUUUGGAUUCCGGAUCUCUUCAUGAAGCGCGUAGAGAACAACCAGGACUGGUCUUUAAUGUGUCCCCACGAUUGUCCAGGCCUGCAUGAUACUUGGGGAGAAGAGUUUGAGACUCUGUACGAGAGGUACGAGAAAGAGGGACGUGCCCGCAAGGUGGUGAAGGCACAGCAGCUGUGGUACGCAAUCAUAGAGUCACAGACAGAGACGGGAACUCCCUAUAUGCUGUAUAAAGAUGCCUGCAAUAGGAAGAGUAACCAGCAGAACCUGGGCACCAUCAAAUGCAGCAAUCUGUGCACUGAGAUUGUGGAAUAUACCAGUAAUAAUGAGGUUGCAGUUUGUAACUUGGCUUCUCUGGCGUUGAAUAUGUAUGUCACUGCAGAUCGUACCUAUGACUUCAACAAACUAGCUGAUGUCACCCGGGUGGUGGUUAGGAACCUGAAUAAAAUCAUCGAAGUGAACUACUAUCCGAUUCCAGAGGCGGAAUAUUCUAACAAAAAACACCGGCCGAUAGGAAUUGGAGUUCAGGGACUAGCAGAUGCCUUCAUCCUGAUGCGCUACCCCUUUGAAAGCGAAGAAGCACAGAAACUCAACAUCCAGAUCUUUGAAACCAUUUACUAUGCAGCACUUGAUGCGAGCUGUGACCUGGCCAAGGAACUGGGCCCUUAUGAGAGUUACCAGGGCUGCCCUGUCAGCAAAGGGAUCCUUCAGUAUGACAUGUGGAACGUCACUCCAACUGAUCUUUGGGACUGGAAGGGGCUAAAGGAGAAGAUUGCAAAACAUGGUAUUAGGAACAGCCUCCUGCUUGCCCCAAUGCCAACUGCCUCUACAGCUCAGAUUCUGGGUAACAAUGAAUCAAUUGAACCAUACACCAGCAACAUCUACACACGCCGAGUACUCUCUGGGGAGUUCCAGAUUGUUAACCCUCAUUUACUGAAAGACCUGACUGAACGUGGACUGUGGAGUGAAGAUAUGAAGAACCAAAUCAUUUUUCAGAAUGGAUCGAUCCAGACUAUUGAAGAGAUCCCUGAUGACCUAAAGUCACUGUACAAGACAGUUUGGGAGAUAUCACAGAAGACUGUGAUUAAGAUGGCGGCAGACCGCGGAGCUUACAUUGACCAGAGCCAGUCACUGAAUAUCCAUGUUGCUGAGCCCAAUUAUGGCAAGCUGACUAGCAUGCAUUUCUACGGCUGGAAGCAGGGGCUGAAGACUGGGAUGUAUUAUUUAAGGACCAGGCCUGCAGCCAAUCCUAUCCAGUUCACUCUGAACAAGGAAAACCUCCAGGAAAAUGCAGUUGUGGCUGCAGACGAGAAGGAGAAGAACAAAGCAGCCAUGGUGUGCUCACUGGAGAACAGGGCAGAUUGCCUGAUGUGUGGCUCUUAAACACAGGGUCGUUCCCAGAUGCCUCGCCAGUGCCCUACAGUCCUUUUUAAUACUGGAUGUAAAAGUCACUGGCAACCCAAUGACAAGGAACAUUCUAGGAGCCCUUUCUGUUCACCAGACCCCAACUGUUAACAGAGUCGAUGUCCUGUGAACCUUUGUCACAACAUGGAUUUAAUUGCAGAACUAACGGGGUCGACGCUAGGAGACAAUUUUAUCCUCAUACUUGAUAUGAGCUUUGGGAGGUGCAGCACCAGUCAUGGCUAUCAAGCAGCUUUCCAAUCACUGGGACUGGGCUUGGUAAAUCUGUGUGCUGUAGUGGUGGGUGGGUGCCCUUUUGAGCAGGCGGCUGCUGAUUAUAUGGUUUUAAUGACAGUGGAUAACGAGCAAGUAUGUAUGUCCUCGGUGCUAGUUUUGCUCACUGCCAUGGAUUAGAUGAGUGGUUCAUCUAUGGUGCUGUCACCUGUUUUCCUGUAAGCUCAUGAUUCUUAGUGUAUAUUCUUUGUACAGUUUCUAACUAUUAUGAAUGGUGAGCCAUCAUUAAACGUUCCUAUACAA